AUGCCUCUAAAGAAGGGUGUUAGCACCUGGGGUGGAUCGCAAAUCAUACAUCCAGGAGAUUCCCGAAAAAUAUUGGGGAUGGACCAACCCACGAGACCGCUGGCUAAGAGGAACCGGUCAUCAGGGUUCGAAGCACUCGAAGACAGGAUGUGGGACUUGCAAGAUACGUGA